AUGGAUGCAAGAUUGCUUUUGGUUACUCAAUCGGGUAGUGUUGAUGCUUUAUAUUCUCUUAUUCAACAGCAUCCAUGUAUUCUUCAAAACGCAGACGUUUUACCUAUCAUGCACACACCUCUCCAUGAAGCUUCAAGUAUGGGGAAGAUAGAUAUGGCAAUGGAAUUGAUGGUUCUUAAGCCAUCUUUUGCCAAGAAAUUAAACUCAGAUGGGUUUAGUCCUUUGCAUCUUGCUAUCGAAACCUGCCAAGCUGAGUUAGCACUAGAGCUAGUUAAGUUUGAUCCGAGUCUUGUUCGUAUCCAUGGAAGAGGAGGUGUGACACCAUUUCAUCUUGUGGCGAAAAACGGUGACGUAGAUCUUCUUACAGAGUUUCUUCUGCUAUGUCCUGAUAGCAUUAGAGAUGUGAAUGUAAAUGGCGAAACCGCAUUACACAUCACGGUAAUAAACGAUAGGUACGAGGAGCUCAAAGUUCUCAGAGGGUGGUUGCAAUUAAUGCGCAAUAUUCAUGCUUCAUCCACCGAGAAUCACGUCCUCAAUAAACGUGACCGUCAAGGCAACACGGCCUUGCACCUAGCCGCAUACAAAAAUAAUCACCAGGCAUGUUCUUAA